GUCAUGAUGGAGAGCUGACGGAGUCUUAAAGCGUGCGACGGAACCGCAAUAAAAUCUUACCCACUCCUGUUGUACCUGAUCUAGUCUCAUUUACAAGCAAGCAUGUCAACUUCCAACGAUUCAAAGUCUUGUCGAGUAGCUGUUAUAGGUGCUGGCCUUGUGGGAACUUUAAAUGCAAUUUACUUUGCCCAAAGAGGUUGGAAUGUGGACCUGUUUGAGCUUCGCAAAGACAUGCGUUUGCCGGAGGUCAAGGCCACGCAGCGAGGAAAAUCAAUUAAUUUAGCGUUGUCUGAGCGUGGAUUGAGUGCUCUUCGUAACAGCGGUUUGGACCUUGAUAAACUCAUUUUAGAAGCAGCGGUUCCUCUUCAUGCUCGCAUGGUGCAUACUACUGCAGGACACCAGAUGUCACAAGCUUACGGCAAAAAGGACCAGCAUAUUAAUGCCGUGGACAGAGCUCGCUUGAAUGAGGAAUUGCUUACCAUUGCGGAAGAGUUUUCCAAUAUCAAUAUCCAUUUCGAACAUAAUCUUAUGAAAGCUGAUCUGGAUAAAGGCGAACUUCAGUUUUUCACAGGAACGGGCAAUCCUGAAAAAACUUACCACGCAGAUCUCCUUGUUGGUGCCGAUGGUGCGUAUUCCAGAAGUCGUACUCAGCUUAUGCGUCGUAUAAGGAUGAACUAUGAGCAGGAAUACAUCGACACCGCUUAUUGCGAACUGACAAUGCUCCCAAUCAAGAAUGAGAAUGGUGAAGACGAGUUUGCACUUGAUCCUCAUCAUCUUCAUAUUUGGCCCCGUCACACCUUUAUGCUCAUAGCUUUACCUAAUCCGGACAAGACAUUUACAUGCACUUUGUUCAUGCCGUUUGGUAUGUUUGACGAGCUCAACACCAAGGAACUCGUAUUGGACUUUUUCAAGAGAGAAUUUAAGGACUCUGUCCCUCUCAUUGGCGAAGAAAAGCUUCUCGAAGAGUACUUCAAUAAUCCUCGUGGUUCUCUCAUAUCCAUAAAGUGCAAGCCCUACCACUACCAGGAUAAAGCAGUCAUCAUCGGUGAUGCAGCACAUGCUAUGGUACCAUUCUACGGGCAGGGUAUGAAUUGCGGCUUCCAAGAUGUGCAAGUGCUGCAUAGCAUUCUAGAUAAACACGGCGUUAAGGAUAAACUAUCGGCCGAUGGAAAAAUUCAUGGUCUCCACCAAGCCAUGGAGGAAUAUUCCAAGGAACGAAGCGAGGAUGCCCAUGCUAUCUGCGAUUUAGCUAUGUACAAUCAUUACGAGAUGCGAUCUGCCGUGACUUCGCCAUUGUAUCUCGCGCGAAAGAAACUAGAAGCUGUUUUGCACUCUAUGUUUCCCACUGCUGUCAUUCCAUUGUACACCAUGGUCAGUUUCACCACCAUCCGCUAUUCUGAUGCAAUCAAGCGUUGGAAUCGUCAAACCUGGUGGAUUAAUGCCACUGCCACGGCCUCAGCGGUUACGGCUCUUGGUAUUGGUGCCUGCCUGGGCCUGCGCUAUGGUCGACCCUUGAUAGACGCCAUGUCCAAAUACCUACCCCGAUCAUAGAUGUUGCUCGUCAUGGUGUGCGUUAGUUGAAUAGAAACGACCCAAUUCAAUUGCAUUUGCUUGCUUGGGUGGUUGUGAGAGAAU